AGCAUCCUCUAAUUUUUUUCGUUUUGUUUGUUAUGAGAUGAGAUCUUCAAGAAAAAAUUUGAUUUUUUUUUCUAUUUACUCUUAGUGAAAUUAAAAAAACACAUUGUUUUCCUUUUUUAUUUUGAUGUGGAUGAGCUGGCAUAUAAAAGGUUAAAACAGUGAAAACCACAGAUACUUCUGGGAAAUAAAGGGUUAAAACACACAAGGAAGUUCCUGUGUGUCCAUUUAAGAAAAGGCUAAAGUCCACCAGAGGAAACACAGGGAAGUGUUUGUAUUCGCAGCGCUUCCUUGUGAAGAGCAGCUUCAUUUGUUUCCUGAACUUCUGAUUUAAUUAGAGGAACUUCAAAAUAAUUGUAAAAAAUGACCAGUUUUCUGAACAGACAAGAUUCAUAUCAAGAAUACGACUAUUUUCCAGGAGAUGCAUAUCCUGGUGACCAUCACUCCCUUAGACUGCGUCGGCUUUCAUCUGGAAGGUCCAUUCACAAUAUUCCUCAUUACAACCCAAGUUUGAGCGAUGGAGGGGACAGUGAAGACGACAACCAAGGCCAGCCGAGAGAACUCAGGAGCCUCCCACGACACAUGGCGAUCAAAAAAGCCAAACUGAAGAGUCGGGGCAUCCAGGUUCCCGUUCUCUCCAAGGCGGAGAUGUGGAAACAAGAUAAGCUCAAAAAGCUGCAAAAGCUCCAGAACAAAGCCAGAGAGAUUCUCUUCUUUUUGGCUCUCUGGGGGAAGACGUUGCAAAAGAUUGGAGGAAACUUUGGAGGAGGCGUCCAGUCCUACUUCCUGUUCCUGCGGUUUUUGGUCAUCCUAAACUUUGUGUCGUUCCUGCUGAUGGCCGGGUUUGUCAUCAUCCCCAGCCUCGUUUUCAGACAGGUGGGGGUCAGCUUCAUGAACAGCAACAGCACAGGUGAAGAAAUCUGCACAGUCUAUGAACCCAAUCCUCCAGGUCUGGUGGUGUUCUACGAUUAUUUCCUUAAUCUGCUUUCAGGAACGGGGUUUAUGGAGUAUUCCUUCAUGUUUUACGGUUACUACAACAACACCAUGGUGGAGGACAGGAACUUCUCUUAUAAAAUCCCCUUGGCGUACCUUUUUACCGCCAUCUUCUACUUUGCCUUUUGUCUGAUUUGCAUUGUUACACGCAUGGGAUCUGCAGCUCGAGUUGCCGUGGCAACGGGAGGCAGUACCGCGGUGAACUACAGCAUGAUUGUGUUCACUGGAUGGGACUACGGUUGCCUGGGAGACACGGCGACCAAGUUGAAGCAGAAAAACCUCCUCUAUCGAUUACAGGUGGAUCUGGAGGAAGAGCGCUUAAAGAAACACGCCGCUUCUCUGACCUUGCUGCAGAAGUUCGGCUUACACUCUCUCCGCCUUCUGAUGUUUCUGUUGGUGCUCGGCCUGAACAUAGCCGCCUUCUUUGGGAUCUUUUACGCCACCAGAUACAGCCAGGCCCAGCAGAAUCAAAGUGCAGGGAUCCAAGCUUUAUUCUAUGAGUACCUGCCGUCAGUGGUCAUCAGUGCUGGAAACUUCUUGGUGCCUCUUUUGUGUGACCAAAUCGCUAAAGUAGAGCGUUAUUCCCCCAGCAUCACUGUUAUAGUAGCACUUUUGAGAGCAGUGGUUCUGCGUUUUGUGAGUCUGGGUGUCCUUCUUUUCACCUUGUGGGAUCAGAUCACCUGCAAGGGGAAGAUAAAUGACCUGAAAUGCAUGUUGUGUGGAUACAACUAUGAAAGUUAUCCGUGUUGGGAAACUCGAGUGGGGCAGGAGAUGUACAAGCUGACACUGUUUGACCUCCUCAUAAACAUUGCUUUGCUCGUCCUGGUUGAAUUUCCACGCAGGAUGGUGGUCGACAAUUGGUCCAGUAAAAUAUCUCAGCUGGUGGGCCGGCAGGAGUUUGUUGUUUCCUCCAGUGUUCUGGGACUGGUCUACAGCCAGACGGUGGUCUGGACGGGAGCUCUGUUUUGCCCUCUGCUGCCCCUCAUCAACACUGUAAAGUUUGUCAUCCUCUUUUACUGCAAAAAGAUAACACUGUUCUCCAACUGUCGGCCGCCCCAGAAGACGUUUCGCUCCACCACCUCAGCCUUCUUUUUCCUGGUGGUCCUGCUCUUAGGCUGGAUGCUGGCCUCAGUUGUCUUGAUUUACAGUAUUGCUGUGAUCCGACCUUCUCUGGGAUGUGGGCCUUUCCGUUUCUCUGACAACAUGUGGUCAGUUGUACCAAAGUCUUUAUACAGCCUCCCUUUAGUCACACAAGAGUUUCUUUUCUUCCUCGGCUCACAGGCGUUCACAAUUCCCCUGUUUUCAUUAUCAAGCUUGGUGAUGUUCUACGUCAUAGCUUUGUUCUCUAUCUAUGGGAAAAGUGUAAGACUGCUAAGACAGCAGCUCAAAGGGGAGAGCCGGGAUAAGCAGUUCUUAGUCAAGCAGAUUGGGGAGCUCAGUCAGUAGAUGCCAACACCCGAAUCCACCAGUAAAAAACUGGACAUUAUUUAGUCCUGCAAUAGAGAAACACGAGACAACAUGAUAAAGCAAGUUUCUAAGCAUGUUUGAAUGAAAAAAUACUGUUUCAUAUUAUAAAGAGUGAAACCAGAUAUUUCAAAAUAAAAUGUAAAAAUAUUGUCAAUUAAAAAAAUGUUUAAAGGACUUUAAAAAGUGA